AUGUCGUUGAAACAGGUUGAGUGCUACCAGCGCGCCAUUCGACUCGACCAAUACCUCGCCGUCGCAUACUUCCAACAAGGCGUCUCCAACUUUCUCCUCGGUGACUUCGAGGAGGCCUUGGCCAACUUCAACGACACCCUGCUUUAUCUCCGAGGCAACACAAUGAUCGAUUAUGCGCAACUCGGUCUUCUUUUCAAGCUUUACUCUUGCGAAGUUCUCUUCAACCGCGGUCUCUGCUACAUCUAUCUCCAACAAAAGGAUGCCGGCAUGCAGGACCUGUCAUAUGCAGUAAAGGAGAAGGUUGUUGAGGACCACAACGUCAUCGACGAGGCUAUCAAGGAGGAGGCAGAGGGCUAUACGGUUUUCUCCAUUCCUGUCGGCGUCGUCUACAGGCCGAAUGAAGCCAAGGUCCGCAACCUCAAGACAAAAGAUUACCUUGGCAAGGCUCGCCUCGUGGCCGCCUCUGACCGUGCCAAUGCCUUCACUGGCUUUGCUGGUUCGGAGAUGAAGACGCAACAAAGACAAACCGUCAAGGACGACCGCCCAGCCGACAACAUUUCCUAUGCCGCUACGAAUCUCAUCAAGCCCGGCAUCCAGUCCCGAUCAACCGACAACAAUCGCAAUGUCUUCCCACCUACGCCGCCACCGGACAAUGACAGGGCAAGCGGUGGUAGUGGCGGCGGCAGCGGUGGCAGUGGAAACGGCAACGCGAGCGGCCAGAUGACUCGAGGCCAGUCUGUUCGUAACGGGCCGAAACCUCAACUCGCAAAGCUCAACAUCGACACCUCAGGUGGCAACAACAGAUACGAGAAGACAUCAAGCCCACCGGAACGCCGACCCACCAACGCCACACGCUCCGCCAGCUCUACACCCGCUCGAGGCUACUCCCGUCGUGACCAGCAGCGCCGCAACUUGCGGGACGACGAGGAAGGAGGUGAUGCCUAUCCCGACGAGUUGUACGAUAUGUACCAGGGCGGUCGCAGCAGCCGGGGCCCUUCUCGUCGCCCGCAACAACAGCAGCGGUAUAUCGAGGAAGAGGAUGAGGGGUCUGAUUACGAUGACGGGUCCUUCGACGAGGGCGACUUUGAAAUGGUCUCCAACAACCCACCCCGGCGCAUGGGCACCAACUCGACAUCUUCUGGCGGCCGCGGGGCAUCACGGAGGCCCGAUGUCCGAAAGGUCCGCGUUAAGGUUCACGCUGAGGAUGUGCGGUACAUCAUGAUUGGCACGGCGAUAGAGUUCACCGACCUGGUCGACAAGAUCCGUGAUAAGUUUGGACUGCGCAGGCGAUUCAAGAUUACAGUCCGCGACGAUGACGGUGGCCCGAACGCCGACAUGAUCACUAUGGGCGAUCAAGAUGAUCUUGAGAUGGUCAUCAUGAGCUCCAAGGCUAUUGCGAGGAGGACAAGGCAGGAGAUCGGCAAGAUGGAGAUUUGGAUCCAGGAGCUGUAG